AUGGGGAAAGGCGUCGCCAAGUUUGGGUUUAAGAGCGGGAUUCUCCCCGUUACGCGAUCUAUUUUAAAGAAACCAACCAUGAAGCAGACCUCCAAACUUCAAGAAACGAGGGCGCCAAAACCGAAAGGCAUUAAUGGGGUAGGUUAUGCUGAUAAUAUUAAGCAUCCUGCUGGUUCUCAUAGAAAUCCGCCAGAAGUGAAAUUCAUUGAUGUUGAAGAAUUAAUUGAGAAAACGGUACCACAUCCUAAAAAAGGGAAAAUUGCAACUACGCCUAAUCAAUUAACCAAACAACGUAUGGCGGAAAUACGUAGGGAGUACUUAUCGGAAUCACUUCGUAAGGAGGAACAAAGGAUAUUGAAACAAGAAAGGCUGAUGCUGAAGCGGCAGGAACUACUGCAUGCGGAGCGUCAGCAACAUUUAAAGAAAGUUAACCAGAACCGUUCCAGCGAUCUGACUGUUCCUAUGUUGGAAGAUUUAAUUAAAGGGCCGUUAAUGAGGCCUAGAACUGCUGAGGAACAGAAACUAGUAGAUCUCAAAAGAAAAUAUAAUAGGGAGCUGAUUGAAUUCAAAUCAAAAGAGCGUAAGUUUGCUGAUUUAGUGUCCUUGUAUAACGCUGCUAAUUGUUUCAUAGUUACUGAAAAGCAGCUGACUGAAAAGAUUGAAGAACUUUUUACCAAUGAUAAUGUGGAAUAUAUGAAAAAGAAUCUACAUGUCACAUUGGCAAAUCGUGCAUCUUUCGGGGAUCAGAGCGUUACAGACAGCCUCUAUGGUACUCUGGCCAAUGGCCUUCACGAUGGUUUCCCAAUCAUUAAAGACUUUUUAACUGGUGAAUUAAAUGAAGGACUUUCGGAAUCUAAGCAAAAUAUUGAAAAGGCUGCAACUGAAUCAUCGCAAUCUGCAUCUUCGAACUCUGGUUCAACAAACCAGAUCACACAGUGA